AUGAGAUUCCCUAGCAGCUCCGUCUUUGCCCUUGGGCUCAUCGGUCCUGCAUUGGCAUAUCCAAAGCCGGCCGCUAUCAAACGCGGAGCCCCCAAUCCUACAAGGGCAGCAGCAGUCAAGGCCGCAUUCCAGACGUCGUGGAACGCCUAUCACCAAUAUGCAUUUCCCCACGACGACCUUCACCCGGUCAGCAAUGGCUUUGAUGAUGAGCGGAACGGCUGGGGCUCAUCGGCAAUCGAUGGCUUGGACACGGCCAUCCUGAUGGGAGACGCCGACAUUGUCAAUACGAUCCUACAGCGUGUACCACAGAUCAACUUUACCACUACUGCGGUUGCCAACCAAGGCAUCUCCGUGUUUGAGACCAACAUUCGGUAUAUCGGCGGCCUGCUUUCUGCCUAUGACCUGUUGCGAGGUCCUUUCAGCUCCGUGGCAACAAACCAGACACUUGUCAAUGCUCUUUUGACCCAGGCCCAAACACUUGCCAAUGGCCUCAAGGUUGCCUUCACCACUCCCAGCGGUGUCCCGGAUCCUACCGUCUACUUCAACCCCACUGUCCGGAGGAGUGGUGCAUCCAGCAACAACGUCGCCGAGAUUGGAAGCUUGGUGCUCGAGUGGACACGCCUGAGUGACCUGACGGGAAAUCCGCUGUAUGGCCAGCUUGCUCAAAAGGGCGAGUCGUAUCUCCUGAAGCCAACCGGAAGCCCAGAGGCAUGGCCCGGCCUGAUCGGAACGUAUGUCAACACGAGCAAUGGCACCUUUCAGGAUAGCAGCGGCAGCUGGUCCGGCCUUAUGGACAGCUUCUACGAGUAUCUGAUCAAGAUGUACUUGUACGACCCGGAUGCAUUUGCAAGCUACAAGGAUCGCUGGGUCCUUGCUGCCGACUCGACCAUUGCGCAUCUCGCCUCUCACCCGACGACGCGUAAGGAUCUGACCUUUUUGUCUUCAUACAAUGGACAGUCCACGUCGCCAAAUUCAGGACACUUGGCCAGUUUUGCCGGUGGCAACUUUAUCCUGGGAGGUAUUCUCCUGGACGAGCAAAAGUACAUCGACUUUGGCCUCCAGCUUGCCAACUCGUACUUUGCCACGUACAACCAGACGGCUUCUGGAAUCGGGCCUGAAGGCUUCGCGUGGACGGACAGCGUGACGGGCGCCGGCGGCUCGCCCCCCUCAAACCAGACCGGGUUCUACUCGGCGGCAGGAUUCUGGGUGACGGCACCGUAUUACAUCCUGCGGCCGGAGACUCUGGAGAGCUUGUACUACGCAUACCGCGUCACGGGCGACUCGAAGUGGCAGGAUCUGGCCUGGCAAGCCUUUAGUGCCAUUGAGGACGCAUGCCGCGCCGGCAGCGCGUACUCGUCCAUCAACGACGUGACGCAGGCCAACGGCGGGGGAGCCUCCGACGACAUGGAGAGCUUUUGGUUCGCGGAGGCUCUGAAGUAUGCGUACUUGAUCUUUGCCGAGGAGUCGGAUGUGCAGGUGAAGGCCAACGGCGGGAACAAGUUUGUCUUUAACACAGAGGCACACCCCUUUAAGAUCCGUUCAUGA